AUGUCUCCUAGCGCCAUCAACGAGGGCUUUCCCAGCCCGUCCACCAUACCCACCACAACAGUGGUGGUAGUAGGCGCUGGCCCCUCAGGCCUAAUGCUAACAAACAAUCUCAUCCGCUACGGCACACCCGUGACUCUCCUCGACGACCGCCCGACAGCUACAUCAACCGGCAAAGCCGACGGUCUGCAACCGAAGACCAUCGAGACGCUGAAACAGCUGAGGCUAUCGGAUGAGUUGCUCCGCAAUGGGGCGAAGGUGUAUGAUAUUUGUUUCUGGGAAUCCACCCCCCAAUCCCCAACCCUCACCCGCACAUCCCGUCAAACACACUACCCCGAGCACCUCGUCGGCGCCUCAGACCCCUACAUUCUCCUCGCACACCAGGGCAUGCUCGAGGACGUGCUUAUCAAAGAUAUAGAAGAUCGUGGGGGAAACGUACAGCGAAACAGCCCGUUCGUGUCCGUGUCUAAAACACAGGACGGGAAUGGAGAGCUAGAAGUUACCUACAACGACAACACAACAAACACGAAAAAGAUUAUUCGUACGAAAUACCUCGUUGGAUGCGAUGGCGCGAGAUCCAAGGUUCGGGACUUUAUUCCUGGCGCGCAGUUGGAGGGGGAAAUGAGUAAUGCUUCUUGGGGGGUGUUGGAUGGAGUCAUCGACACCGAUUUCCCCGACCUAUGGAGUAAGGUGGCUGUUCGCUCGCACACGGCGGGAUCUAUCCUCUGGAUUCCGAGGGAGCGCGGUAUGACGAGACUGUAUGUUGAACUUAGUUCCACGGACGGGGAGAGGGUCGAUAGGGCCAAGGCGACGCCAGAGUAUGUUAUGGCUAGGGCACGAGAGGCGAUGCAGCCUUUCCGGCUGGAGUGGAAGGAAAUCGAAUGGUUCGGCAACUACGUCGUCGGCCAACGCGUCGCUCGGCGAUUCAUCGACCCCGAGAACCAGAUCUUUAUUGCAGGCGAUGCCGGCCACGUACACUCCGCCCUCGCAGCCCAAGGGGCCAACACCAGCAUGCACGACAGCGUGAACCUCGCGUGGAAACUGAACCUCGUAGCCCGAAACCUCGCCCCAGCAUCCCUACUAAACACCUACUCCGAGGAACGACGGAAGAUCGCUAACGACCUGAUUGCCUUUGAUGCAGGGCACGUCGCGGCGUUCGAGAAAGGCGAGGCGGCACUUGCUCGAAACUUCGAGGAGAAUAUCCGAUUUAUCUCCGGUGUUGGGGCUGAGUAUGACGCUGGGGCUCUUACGAAGUCAGCUGAUGGUAAAGUGAAGGGAGGGAUUCAGGCGGGCACAUUGACUCGUCCUGCGAAGGUGACGAGGUAUAUUGAUGCUAACCUGAUGGAUCUGCAACUCGAUAUCCCGAUGAUGGGACAGUUUAAGGUGGUUUUGUUUGUGGGGGAUGUGGUUGGUGGGAAGGGGUUUUUGCAAGGGUUUUGUGGAGAGGAUGCGUUGGAGGGGGUGAAUGGGGUGGCAAGGGAGUCGUAUAAGAAGUGUCCUCGGGGGGUUAGUGAUGGGGACAAGUAUUUCCCAUUGGAGAGGUAUACGACUGUCUCGGAGGUGGUGACGUACGGGUUAGUGACGAGGAGUCAAAAAAGGGAGUUCGAGCUUGGGGAUUUGCCCGAGUUGUUGCAGAAGAGUCGGUGGACGGUGUAUUUGGAUGAUGUGGAGGGCGGGGAAGGGUGUACUGGGAAGUGGAUGGGGGAGAUGGAAAGGGAUCAGGUCGGGGUGAUGGUUGUCAGGCCGGAUGGGUAUGUUGGGGCAAAGGGGGUGUGGGGAUGGAGUGAGGGAGAAGGAUCGAGGGCAGCAGAGUGGGUUGGGGAGUAUCUGGCUUUGGGGAAGUAG